AUGUUCGCCAUUCAACCUUCGAAAACACAAUCCUCCGAGUCAGAAGUGGACUCCGCUACUCAAAGCUGCACACCCAAUGUCCUCCCCUGCCGCAUCCACCACAAUGGCUCUGUGAAGUCGAUAGGCCGGUACUGGAGUCCUGUGGCCGAUGAAAAAGAUCAAACCAGUCAAACCGCAUACUUCCGUGGCCGUAAACUCCGAGGCCGACGCGUUGCCGUCCCGGAGGGAUACGAAGGCGUCGUCGCGACCCCAACGGAGCGGACUAUCCGGCCGGCGCAGAACAAUGCAGUAGAUGAAGCUGAACCGGAAGAGCCGGUUAAGGUUCUAGAGAAACAGGCGACGUUUCAAGAUGUCAUGGUUUGGGGGCAUGAGUUCAUGCCGGCGGCCGAUGAUCCUUUUGUUAGGGGGGUUGAGGAGUGGGUGAGAUUUGCUGAGGCGAUGCAUGGUUCAAGUGGUGGUAACGAUAAGAGUUCGGCUUGA